AUGGAUGCCGAAGUCAAUGGGAUCGAUGUCGAUGAUGGCGAUGACGACGAUGCUAGCAUAUUUAACAUCGCCAAUGACCGCCAAAGUGAGGACGAUGAUACCCUCACUGGUGAAAACAACGUUCUUUAA